UUUAUUUUGUACAAGUCGCUUUGAAAAGUUCGGUGCAUCUACUUUUAUCUUCAGAAACAAUUGUGUCAGAGGAUGUAAUGGAUACUUUGUUUUGUAUAUAAGAAAUCAUUUUGAGAUACUCGAAUUAACAGUUGACGGAGGAGUCUUCUGAGCAUACCAGGGUUAAAUCGACAUGAUCUGGUUUUCAUGGAUGUUGGUUUGCGUGCUCUUUGCACAUGAUCUUUCCGGUAGUUAUGGCAUAUCUGAAGAAGAUGACUGGCAGCUAGUUUUCCAUGCUGUUAAAGGUAACAAACAGGAUGUUCGUGCUGCAUGGUACAAGAGAUCACCUUCAAGAUGCACACCAGCAGUUGGUUGCAUUCCGGACGGUUUUGAUCUCGAUAAUUGGAGAGAUACUAGAAAGCAUCUUCGAAGUCCUCUAAUUGAUAAAUGGAGAUAUCUCAGCAUUUUGAAGAUCCGUGUAGUACUUGGAGGUCAAGGGAAAACGCUGGCUUACUUGGAAUUUGAUGGAAGUGGGAGUAGCUUCAUCAACUGGUUCAGCAAAUCGAGAUUGUUACAUAGCAGUUGGUACGACCUAAAACCGAAUUCACGAACAAACUUUUUCUCCAUCGCAGGGCACCACGCUCAUGUCAAAAGACACUUCUACAUCAACAGAAACUAUGGUGGAUGUCCAAAGGAUGCGGGGUGGUUUGUGGUGAUAGAUAAGAAAGAUGUUUGCACGUGGGCCAAUAAGGGAGUCUUCCCGCUGUUCAUGUACAGUAAAGGGUCAGGACUGACGAACUGGAAUCGAAGUCCCGGUUUUGCCGAUGUUAUGAACGUUUACAUACAGACUGUGUAAGCUUCCUGCGUGCUGCUUCUUUUUGUCGAAAAAAAAAAUGGUUUCAUUCGUUGCAAUGGAAAACAUUAAAGAUGGUCAAUAAA